AUGUCCAUGUUACCUCUUCAGACACUGUCGUACCUUCCAUGGGUCGUGUUGCUUGGCUCCAUUGGAUGGGUGCUUUACGUGCGCUUCCUCCAUCCUCUCGCCGGUGUUCCGGGCCCGCUCUUGCCAUCCCUCACGCGCUUGUGGUAUGUAUGGAAGAUCAGGGAGGGUUCCUUCGACGAAGUCAAUCGUGAUCUGCAUCGAAAGUAUGGAAGAUUGGUCCGCAUUGCUCCCAACGAAGUCAGCGUCAGUGAUCCAGAGGCUGUGACGUUGAUAUACGGAAUCAAGUCGAAAUUCACCAAAACAAACUUCUAUCCAAUUUGGAAGCCAGAUGCGUUUGCCACGAAACAUGCCGAUCAGUUCACAGACCUCGAUGAAGCCCAUCAUUCAGCUCGCAGACGGCUGUUGAGCAACAUAUACUCCAUGUCUAGCGUCCUCGAAUCCGAGGCCCAUGUGGAUGCAUGCACAGAGCUUUUCAUGGCGAGGCUCUCGGAGUUUGCAGCAAACGGGAAAGUCUUGGACCUUGGCACCUGGCUGCAAAUGUACGCAUUCGAUAUCAUCGGAGAACUUUUCUUCGGCCAGGCUUUCGGCUUCUUGGAGACGGGAUCUGAUUUUGGCCGUUGGAUUGGCACGCUGGACCGUUUGAUGCCAGUACUGAUCGUGGUUGCGAUGCUACCCAAUGCCUUCCGCCCAUUCUAUCUCAUCUUCUGCAUCAUGUUCGCUUCGACGAGAGCAUCGCUGAAGGACUUCGAAGGCGUUGCGACCACUGCCAAGAAUUACGUUGGUAGGCGCGAGGACAUGAUGAAAAGCGAGGAUAUCGAAGCCUCGGCAAGCAAUAAACGUCGCGAUAUUCUGACCAAGUUGUUUGAGCUCAGAGCCCACAGAGGCGAAAAGGAAGACUUUGGCAUCGCAGAUAUCCAACAAGAGGGUUAUGUCAACAUUUUAGCCGGCUCAGAUACGACCGCGAUCGCCAUGCGUGCCAUCAUCCAUCAGCUCUUGACACACCCUGCCGCGUUGAACAAGCUCAUGCAAGAAUUGGAAGAGGCAUUGCAUGCUGGCAGGAUCUCGCUGCCAGUCAAAUUUUCGGACGCUUUAAAGCUUCCGUACUACAGCGCUUGCGUUAAAGAGGCCAUGCGACUCCAUCCCAGUGUUGGACUGGGCUUGCAAAGACACCCUCUUCCCGAAGGAUGUGAAAUCGCCGGAAGGUACUUCUCGGGAUCGAAAAGCGUUCGUGUCGCGAUCAAUGCUGCUGUACUCCACUACGACACAGACGUAUUCGGCUCUGAUGCUGCAGGCUUCUCUCCUGAAAGAUGGCUGGCUCCUGGUGCGGCAAACAUGGAGCGAUAUCUUUUGACCUUUGGCGGAGGCAGCAGAACUUGCAUCGGCAAGAACAUAUCUUUGUCGGAAAUCUACAAGAUGCUCCCGCAUCUGUUGCUCAAGUUUAAACUGGAAUUGGCAUAUCCAGAGAAGCCGCUGAAGAAGAGCGAUUGGUGGUUUCACAAGCAGGAAGGAUUGCUUGUGCGUUUGUCAGUAAGAUGA